GCAAAGAAAAAAAAACCCUUAUUCAAUAUUACAAACCAUCCAAGUUAUCCAAAAGAGAGGAGAUGCUGCCGUAUGACAGCCUUGAAGGGGCGGAAUUGGCUUUAGGGAGGAACUUAACGGUGGCAGAGAGGUUAUGGUUUAAUUAUUCGGCUCAUAAAUCCGAUUACAUAUUGUACACACAUAAUUGGUUAUUUUUGUUUUUGGUGUUUUCUUUGGUUCCAUUGCCCUGGGCAUUGGUGGAGUUGUAUUGGUUCGACGCCGUCAAUAGAUUCAAGCUUCAACCAAGAGUGAAGAGAUCCUUCCGGGACUUGUUUAAAUGUUAUAAGGAUGUUCUUCAUCAACUGAUCUUUGAGGUUCUCCCUCUCAUCGUUGUUUCUUUCCCUGCUUUAGAGUGGGUUGGGAUUCGUACGAGCUUGCCACUGCCAACAAAAUGGGAGGUAAUUAGCCAAUUGAUAGUGUAUUUUCUAGUGGAGGACUACACCAACUAUUGGAUUCAUCGGUUCCUACAUAGUGAAUGGGGCUACGAGAAAAUUCAUUACAUGCACCAUGAAUAUAAUUCCCCAAUAGGGUUUGCAGCACCUUAUGCCCAUUGGGCUGAAAUCUUACUUUUAGGGAUCCCAACAUUCCUUGGUCCAGCCAUGGUUCCAUGCCAUAUGACCACAUUGUGGCUAUGGUCAUCUCUACGCCAAGUUGAAGCGAUCGAGACCCACAGCGGGUAUAAUUUUCCUUGGAGUCCCACCAAAUUGAUACCAUUUUAUGGAGGACCAGACUAUCAUGAUUUUCAUCAUUUUGUUGGGGGACAAUGCCAAAGCAAUUUUGCAUCUAUAUUUACAUAUUGUGAUUAUCUAUAUGGAACAAACAAAGGUUAUUGUCGCCACAAACAAGCAGUUAAAAAAGCUUAAGGAGCAAGUGAAGAAGCACUUGGAGUAAUCUCCACUGAAGAAUCUCAAAAUAAAUAUUUCUGUAUUUGGUUAUUGGACCCAAAAAUAAAAAUAAAAAUUGAGGGCUGUUAGAUUUAAAAUUAUUAAAAUUAAGUAAUAAAUUAAAAAUCAUGUAUAAAA